CUCGGUCACUCGAUCGCAGGCUGCAUGUGCGCGGUUACGUAGUGGAAGGUGAAGAGAAAGGAAAAUGGAGGUGGAGGAAAACAGUACAGAAACUCCAAUGUUGGUGGAAAAUAAAUCUGAUGGUUGUGAUUGGUCUGGAAGAUGGAGCCAUGUUGAGAAAUUACUGUUAAGAAGUGGGCCUCUGGCUCAUCAAGACUUCGAACCUGGACCUCAGGUUCUUGAAUUCAUACUUGAUACUGCCAAAAUACUAGUGAUUGGAGCUGGAGGGUUAGGCUGUGAGCUGCUCAAGGAUCUAGCACUUUGUGGAUUUAGGAACAUUGACGUUAUUGACAUGGACACAAUAGAUGUAUCAAAUUUAAAUAGACAAUUCCUCUUUAGACCAAAAGAUAUAGGCCGAGCUAAAGCUGUUGCAGCUGCAGAAUUCAUCAACAGCAGAGUAGCUGGCUGCAAUGUUACUCCGCACUUCAAAAAGAUUCAGGAUUAUGACACAGAUUUUUAUAGAGGUUUUCACCUUAUAGUCUGCGGAUUAGACUCGAUUGUAGCUAGGAGAUGGAUUAAUGGAAUGGUGCUCAGCUUGUUAGAAUAUGAUGAAGAUGGCACAUUGGAUCAAACCAGCAUAAUUCCCAUGGUGGACGGUGGUACAGAAGGUUUUAAAGGCAAUGCUCGAGUUAUUAUUCCAGGCUUAACAGCCUGUGUGGAGUGUACACUUGAUCUCUACCCACCACAAGUUAAUUUUCCUUUAUGUACCAUUGCACACACACCUCGUCUGCCAGAACACUGCGUAGAAUAUGCCAAGGUGUUAGUUUGGCCUCAGGAACAUCCUUUUGGAGAGGGUGUUCCUGUUGAUGGAGAUGAUCCAACUCAUGUCCAGUGGAUUUAUGACAAAGCCAAAGAAAGAGCAGAAAGUUUUAACAUACAGGGAGUCACAUAUAGGUUGACUCAAGGUGUGGUGAAGCAUAUCAUCCCUGCUGUGGCAUCCACCAAUGCUGUCAUUGCAGCGGCUUGUGCACUAGAAGUGUUCAAAUUAGUGUCCAGCUGUUGUAAUCCAUUAAACAACUACAUGGUGUUUAAUGAUACAGAUGGACUGUACACUUACACCUUUGAAGCUGAAAGAAAGGACGACUGUCCAGCCUGUAGCCAGCGACCUCAAAGUCUAACUUUUCCCGAGGAUGCCACCCUAAAAUCUGUGAUAGACUUUUUGAUGGAGAGCCCAACAUAUCAAAUGAGAGCACCUGGUCUUACAACCAUGAUUGAUGGGAAAAACAAAACCCUUUAUAUGCAGUCUGUGAAGUCUAUUGAAGAGAGGACAAAGCAAAAUCUACCUAAGAAGUUAAAAGAUAUUGGCCUUAUUAAUGGGCAAGAGGUGGUAGUGGCAGAUGCCACAACUCCUAAACCAUUAAUUUGCAGAAUACACUUUUCUGCCGGAAUGGAAUAAAGUUUUACUGUGAUCAAACACAGUUGAGUCCUAUUAACUAUCAGACAGGAGUGUCAAUAAAAGCAAUUGAGGCAGUUCCAGACUUGUAGGUAAAAACAAAUUUUUUAAGAUCUUUAUGCAGCAGAUAAAAAAGCUUGUCAUGUUAUCAUGAGGAAAUUGUAAUCUAUAGAAAAAGAAACUGUAUUAAAUCCAAGUGAAUUUGUAGUCCCCAUUGUAAAUAAAACAAAUUUGUUUGUUGCAUGA